AUGCAUAUCGCGCAGUUCGGAGCCCUUCUGGGGCUUCUGGGCUCUGCCGUCCAGGCCAACCCAGUCAGGCCCGGCAGCGUCGUCGUCAGGUCGCCCGAGAACGAGGCUAGGGGCCUGCUGACCUCUCUGCUCGGCGGAGAGUCCUCUUCGGAGUCCACCUCCUCCGAGUCCUCCUACUCGGAGUCUCACUCUUCUGAGUCUCACUCGGAGUCCUCGUCGUCCUCGGAGGAGUCCUCGGGCGGCCUUCUGUCCUCCGUGACAUCUUCCUCUUCCGAGUCUCACUCCUCUUCCUCGAGCUCCUCCCGCUCCUCCAGCUACGACAUCUCCAGGACGUGGGAGAACAACGUCCUCUACGCGGGUGUUGCUGCUGCCAAGACCGCCGAGUCCGAUGCUAUCCAGCUUGGUCUCGCCCUGACCGAGGGAGCCUUUGCUGGUUCCAUCGACCUCGGUGUUGAGGAUGACUUCCUCCUCCACCCUAUCGUCAAGAUCGACCUCGGCGGCAUCCAGACCUACCUCAAGGUUGCCCUUGAUGCCACCGCCGGUGUCUCCGAGUCCGUCGAGCUGAUGUCCGACCUCUCGCUUGAGCUUGCCGUCCCCGGCCUGGCUGAGGUCGGCAUCGACGCCGGCUUCGCCCUGGACCUGAUCUUCACUGCCUCUGCCGCCAUCGACAUCGAGUCGACCUUCAACGUCUACUUCCCUGAGGGCUCCUUCCUCGAGAUCAACAUCUUCUCCAAGGAGAUCGUCAAGCAGGACAUCACCGGCCUCGUUGUCGAGUCCGUCCCCCUGAGCAUCGGCGCUGAGAUCGACCUCGAGGAGGACCUCCAGCUCGACGUCGUCCUCCGCCUGCGUACCGGCCUUGCCAUCUCCUCCGAGAUCGACAUUGUCGGCCUCGACCUUGGCGCGGGUGCUGAGGUUGCCAUCUGGCUCGACAUCUUCAAGUACACCACCACCUACUCCGAGGGCUCAUCCAGCAGCGAGUGCUCUGCUACCGAGGUCUUUGCCCUGACCGCCGGUGUUGCUGUCGAGCUCGACGUCGAGAUCUCUGAGCUCAAGCUCGGCCUCGCCCCCUCUGUCAUCAUCACCCUCGCGUCUUCCACCGAGACCACUACCACCGUCACCAUUGGUGAGGGCUCUCAGUGGCAGUGGGGCUGGAGGCAGACAGCCAACGGUGGCAACGGCAACGGAUCUGGCGCUUCUGGAAACGGCACCCAGAUCGGUGACGGCUCCGGUUCCGGCUCUGGUUCCACCGGCUCUGGCUCUGGCUCGACUGGCUCUGGCUCUGGAUCUGGCUCUUCUGGAGACAACUCCUCUCCCCAGUCUGGCUCUGGCUCUAGCUCCCCUGACAACAGCUCCCCUGAGUCUGGCUCCGACAACAGCUCUCCCGACUCCAGCUCUCCCGAGUCUGGCUCUGACAACAGCUCUCCUCAGGCCGGCAACAACGGAGAGGGCGCCGGCAGCGGUUCUCCCACCACCACCGUCUCUCUCACCGGAUCCGGUGCCAGCCCCCGCCCGACUUCGAGCGCUGACGCCCUGGCCCACGGCGGCUCUGAUCUGCCCGAGGGCAUGACCACCAGCACGCUGACCACGACCAACACCUACACCAUCACCUCGUGUGCGGCCUCGGUCACCAACUGCCCCAACUCGUACACGCAGCAGAUCGUCACCUCCAUGGUCGUGUCCUACACCACCGUCUGCCCUGUCACCGCCACCCAGACCGGCCCUGCUGCCACUGGAAACGGUGGCCUGCCCUCUGGCACCGCCCCUACCUCUAGCGUUGCUGCCGUCACUGGCGGAUCCUCCCCGUCUGGCGAGGCUCCCCAGCCCUCGGCCCCCGCUCUGUCCGUCCCCGGUGAGGGCGAGGAGACGCCCAGCGGCCCCGGUGCUGCUACCUCUGCGGCCCACUCCGGCAGCGUCACUCCACCUGCUGUCUCUACCACCCCCGCCGGCCCCGUCAGCGUCCCCACGCCUUCGAGCCCCGUCAGCCUGACCCCCUACGCCACCCCCUCCACCUCCACGGAGACCAUCCCCGAGACCGUCACCACCCCGGCCCCCACCGUCGUCGUCACCGAGGCUACCACCGUCUGCCCCGUGACCGCUACCCGUACCGGCAAGGGCACCAAGCCCUCCGGAACCGGCGCGACUGGUGCCGUCACCGCCACUGGUGCUAGGUCUUCCGCCCCCGUGUGGCCUUCUGGUGUCGCCGCGCCCUCUGGCUGGAACCGCCCCUCCAACGGCACCGUCCCUCGUCCCUCCGGACCCGCUGGAUCCACGCCCACCACCCCGGCGGCCACUGGCGGCAACGGCGCUACCCCCUCUUCCCCCUCCAGCCAGCCCUCUGGCACCGCUGUCCAGGCUUCCGGUGCGGGCAAGGCCACCUUCGGUGUCCUGGCUGCCAUCGCCCCUCUGUUCUUCGCUCUGAUCUAA